CCCCGCAUGUCUCAGCCAGGUCACGGCUGCUCAGCACGGCCAGGCGCCCGCCGCCGAGCCCCAGGCGGCCGGAAGCGGAAGCGCUGGCCGAAGGCAGGCGGCGUGCGGGCGGUGCAGGCCGGGCACUGUGCGGGCAAAAAUGUCUGCAGCAUGCAACUUCAUUGCACUCCACACUGGGCAGAAGAUGCCUCUCAUAGGACUGGGAACUUGGAAAAGUGACCGUGGCCAAGUGAAAGAAGCAGUGAAAUACGCCCUAAGUGUGGGUUAUCGCCACAUAGAUUGCGCAGCAGCUUACAGCAAUGAAGGGGAGAUUGGUGAGGCUUUCCAGGAAUGCUUUGGGCCCAACAAGGUUGUUAAAAGGGAGGACCUGUUUGUAACAUCAAAGCUGUGGAAUACUAAGCACCACCCAGAAGAUGUAGAGCCAGCAGUAAGGAAAACACUUGGAGAUUUGAAACUGGAUUACCUGGACCUGUACCUCAUGCACUGGCCUCAUGCCUUUGAACGAGGGGACAAUCUCUUCCCAAAGAAUCCUGAUAACACAAUGCGUUAUGAUUACACUGAUUACAAGGAUACCUGGAAAGCUAUGGAGAAGCUGGUAGAAAAAGGUCUUGUGAAAGCCAUUGGGCUGUCAAACUUCAACAGUCGUCAGAUUGAUGAUGUACUAAGUGUGGCUACUGUCAAACCAGCUGUGCUGCAGGUAGAAUGCCAUCCUUACCUAGCUCAGAACGAGCUGAUAGCUCACUGCCAGAAACGAGGACUGGUUGUCACUGCCUACAGUCCCCUUGGUUCUCCAGAUCGCAUGUGGAAACACCCAGAUGAGCCUGUGCUUUUAGAAGAACCUGGGAUCAAAAAACUGGCAGAAAAAUACAGCAAGUCACCCGCCCAGAUCAUCCUCAGAUGGCAAGUGCAGCGUAAAGUGGUUGCCAUUCCCAAGAGUGUCACUCCUGCUCGCAUUCAGCAGAAUCUCCAGGUGUUUGAUUUCAGCCUCACAGAAGAGGAGAUGAGCCACAUUGGAAGUCUGAAUAAAAACUGGCGUUACAUUGUGCCAAUGAUUACGGUGAAUGGAAAACUAGUAGCAAGAGAUGCUGGACACCCCCAUUACCCUUUCAAUGAUCCCUAUUAACUACUAGAAAAUAAGGUGUUAGAGUAACAUGCUCCUCUGCAUGCCCUUCCACAAAAUAAUUGUUGCCACAAUCUGUCAAAAACCCUGUCCAAAUAAAACCUUCCUUCCUGAGUAGGUUUGCUUACAAUGUACUGCUUCUAAUUGACCUCCUUUCUGGACAUACUGUAGCUUCCAUGUCAAAGUUUGUGGAUUUAUUACAAUGACUGCAAGCUUGCUCCUGGAAGCAUCAAAUAUUUUGGAGAUUAGAUAAAAAGGUGGGGAAUCUAAAUCAAGUUCCAAACAUGUCAUUAUCAAGCUAGGGCUAUAUUUUGGGUUUACUGCCCGUGAAACAGUUUUGAAAGCUUCAGUUAUUACCAUGAAGGAAAAAAAAAAAAAAAAAGGUGAAGGCAUGAAAACAUUUUAAGACUAAACAACUGCUCAGCCAUCAACUUUGAUACAUCAGAAUUGAUAUUUUUUAUACAGGAACAAAGUGAAAAGUGCUACAGUUGCACUAUGUCCAUUCAUUAAAACCCAAGUAACCAGCCUUGCCCAGUGCUUUUUAUCCACCUCAGAGUACUUGCGGGACUUAGAAUUCUCUAUUUUCUUUUAAUUUGUCUGUAGAUUUAAGGAGAAUAAAUGCAUAACCUGGAGCAGGCCUUCAGGCAAAUCCUUUCUGUUGCUUGUCACAUGGAUAGGUUUCAGCUCUGACAGUAGCUCUGAUUGUCCUAACACAAAAGCUUGGAGAACUUUUUAGCAAGUCUUGUAAAAAAAAUCCUGUUUUUCCUGUAAAGUUGCCUGGUGUCUCUUUACCAAAGAUGACCAGUUUGAGUACUGGAAGGUCACAAAAUUAGUUCCUGACUAUGCAGUAAGAGCAAAGGCCUGUCAGAGGGCCCCUACCACGUAACGUUCUGUUUUUGACUGCUGCCUGGGUUGAUGCUUGGGAGAGCUGGUCCUGUCUCCUCUUCUACCACUGACCUGCUGGUAAAACUGGGCAAGCAAUUUACCUUUCCUGUGCCUCUGUCUUCCCACUUGCCAUGUCUGUCUGUUACUCCCUGGCAGGGACAAAUUUACUGAAUGCUGAUAUGCUGUUGAGAGGACUGGAACUCUAGCUGUUUUAUUUUGUUUCAGUCUCAUAAUGAAUUGUCUAAGCCAUCCAAGUACAAAGGGCAUCAGGCGUUGGUACCUACUGGUGCUCUGAUGGUGAUACCUUCUGUGGCCUUAGCAAAGUUAACACUUUAUUUUGAUUUUCUCUACCUGUAAAAUAGGUUUAAUGCGCAAAUGCCUUGCUGCGGACAGGGUAGCAAGGCAGAGUUUCUAAAAGCCUCUCAGAGUUAAAACAAAGGAACUCUUUCAGAUCUGUGGAUGCCAUUCAGAGACGGUCAUAGGCAUGAUUCCGUGUUUGCUGCUGGAUAAAGAAAGUUUAACUGACUGUUAAGUGAGAUAAAGAACACUUAUUUUUCCUGUAGCAAUAACAAACAUAGAAUUAGAAGAAUAAUCCUCUGUAUUCAAAUAGUGCAAAAAUUGAAGAAUUGAAUUCUUUUAGUUUUGAUAACCUCGUUUACAGUAGGUCUAUGGCAAAACUAUGUUCAUCUCAAGCAUGGUGCCUCCUCAAGUAUUUCCUGCCCUGGGCCUCACAGCAUGCAGCUGAACUGGAACAAACCUGUUUAUUGCUCUUUGUAAUCCUUAUGUAAAAUUUAAAGAACUUCUGUUCCUCAGGAGAGUGUUUCCUAAUUCCUGCUGAAUGCACCUCAGUGGAGAAAGCCAUUACAGCUCAGUUAGGAUUCUUUUACUAGAGUGGACCUUUCCUUCUAAGGGAAAUUAAAUCCCUGUUGGUUUCAAACCAAGCACGGGUGACUUUGAAUACAGUUCUUACUGCAGAUCAGUAGGGAAGCAAUUUUACUUUGAAGGUGCUAUGUAGAAUUGUAACAGCAGUCAUCCUGCCAAGGAAAGUGGCUUUGUUGCAUGUAUUUCCACUUGCACGUUUGCGUGUCUUAAAUAAAUACUGUACUCUGUGUA